UCUUAAUUAUUCUCCAUGACAGCCAAAGAGCAGCAGUAGAGGAGGAUCGCAUAUUUCCCACAAUCCCCCCUGGGCCUCCACAGCAAUCCCACCACUGUCACCGUUACACUGUCAGGCACCCAUGUCAACCCAUGGCCACAGCGGCACCUCGCAGGGAAGCACCAUUUCCUCUCUGCUCACGCAACAAACACCACUUCUCAUCCCCAAAACAGAAAAACUCUCCCCGGUACAAAGGCACACAAGUGACAGGACCAGUUUAACAGUCAGUUUUUUAGGAAACAUGGGACAGACGUCACCUAUGAAUCCAGCAGAGAAAAGCCCAGAGUCGUUACCUGAACAAGCCAAGAUGGAGUCAACAAGAACAGACACACGAUGGAUCACGCACAUUUCAGCCGAGCAGAAGAGACGGUUCAACAUCAAGCUUGGCUUUGACACGUUACACAGUCUGGUGACGACUCUCAGCUCACAGCCGAGUAUAAAGAUCAGUAAGGCCACGACGCUGCAGAAGACGGUGGAGUACAUCAGUAAGAUGCAGCAGGAGAGAGCUCAGCUCCACGAGGAGGCCCAGAGACUCCGAGACGAGAUCCUCACGCUCAACUCUGCCAUCAAUGCGUGUCAGCAGCAGCUUCCGGCUACAGGCGUCCCAAUAACACGACAGCGCUUCAACCACAUGAGGGAGAAGUUCAGAGAGUAUGUGAGAGCUCAGACGCUGCAGAACUGGAAGUUCUGGAUCUUCAGCAUCCUCAUGGAGCCGCUGUUCGAGUCGUUUAAUGGGAUGGUGUCCACAGCCAGUGUUGAUGAUCUGUGUCGCAGCACUCUGUCCUGGCUGGACCAGCACUGCUCUCUGCCUGCGCUCAGACCCACUGUUUUGAGUUCCCUCCGUCUGCUCUGCCCCUCCACAUCAAUCCUCUCAGACCCCAGUCUGGUUCCUGAACAGGCCGUCCAAGCCGUCACUCACGGACAUUCAUCCCACAGCUACAGCCAAUGACAGCACACGCUCUCAAAACCACAGCCAAUCACACGACCCACAUGCACAUCCAAUCAGAACACUCGUCCCCCAGCAACGACCAAUGACAUUUUACUCUCUCACAAAUGCAGCCAAUGAUGCUCUUUCCCACAAAUGCGCAAGUGCUUAUGGAUGGUAAAGUGACCACAGCUAUGGUUUAGUUUUUAUUAUUUAUAAUUAUCAGAAUUGAUGCGGAGAAGAAAGUGGAAUUGAUGUGAGCCAGACUAAAACUGGGUUCAGUAUAUCAGAUUCAGUUCAGUGCAACUAAUAUAUAAAAUGCAUUUUUCAAUGCCUUACUGAUGAAGACACAGCAACGUUUCUUCUGUUCAUGUUACUUUGUAAUUCUCAUAAAAAUAUCAGUGAAUGUGAACGUGAUACUGUGGGACAUUAUCUAUAACGUUCUGUGACUUGUUCACGUUUCCACAUGUAAUUUCAGCUUUGGACUGUUCGGCUGCUCUUUUCAACAGUUCCUCUAAGGAAUAAAUAUAUAUAAAGAUAUUUUUCUUAAGUGAGUUUGUGUUAGUGAUGGUAUCCUGUAGUGUCCUGUAACUUUCUGUAAAGCAUUCGAGGCACAAAUCCCAUGUUUUUUGCCAGACUAUUAGGUAAUUAACUAUUAUCUAGUAAAUUAUCUGUGAUUUUUUUUUAAACCCAAGAAAUGACAAUUUG